UCCAUCGCCAGGCGGACGAGCCCGCUGCUCUCAUCCGAGACCUCAGCGCAGACUGCUGGAUCUCAGAAACCACCAGUACCGGUUCACCGAACCUUCCAGCUCCAGAACAAAUGCAGGCGAUCAAAUGUGUGGUGGUCGGCGACGGGGCUGUGGGGAAGACCUGUCUGCUGAUCAGCUACACCACCAAUGCCUUUCCUGGAGAAUACAUCCCAACUGUCUUUGACAACUACUCUGCCAAUGUGAUGGUGGAUGGAAAACCCGUGAAUCUGGGCCUCUGGGAUACAGCUGGACAGGAGGACUACGACCGCCUCAGACCGUUGUCUUACCCACAGACGGAUGUGUUCUUGAUAUGCUUCUCCCUGGUCAGCCCGGCCUCCUUUGAGAACGUCCGAGCUAAGUGGUACCCUGAGGUGCGACACCACUGCCCCAACACACCCAUCAUCCUGGUGGGCACAAAGCUGGAUCUGCGGGAUGACAAGGACACCAUCGAGAGGCUGCGGGACAAGAAGCUCUCCCCCAUCACCUACCCACAGGGUCUGGCUAUGGCCAGAGAGAUUGGGGCUGUGAAGUACCUGGAGUGCUCGGCGUUGACCCAGCGAGGCCUGAAGACGGUAUUUGAUGAGGCCAUCCGAGCCGUGCUCUGCCCUCCACCGGUGAAGAAGCGAGGGAAGAGAUGCACCAUGUUCUGAAGAGAAAACACUGUCAUAACCCGACACUGCAUCACCAGAACCACAACAACCACUUCUUCUCUGACAGGAUGAGACAGAAAACUAACCAGAGCAAAUGUGCAAUUCUCAGAUUGCUUUCUUUGUAUUGAUGUUUUUUUAACUAUACUGGGAACAGAAACCAUGUUAAUUUUUUUCAUUGCAGAAUACAGUGGUGGUUUCUCUGUGAACUCUGUGGCAGGUUCACUUGGCCAUAGUUUGCUGAUGGUUGUUGGUUGUUUAUGAUUUGCACUGACUGUCCAGCUACUUUAUACAUACAACAUAGAACCAGAUCAUGUUGCCAUGAGGGCUGCACCGGUUUCUACAACUCGUCUUCAUACUGCUUCAUCUCUUCUUUCUCAGCCAUGCUUGCUUGCAUUAACGCAAUGGUGACUAGAUAGAACGUGAACUGUGAAUAUGCCUUGAGGUUGAAGUUUCCCUCAGUUUCUAAUCUAAGAUCAGCAUGUUGAAAUAAAAACUUAUUUACAGUAAUGUGAUCUUGCUCGUGGUGGGGAUAGGACUUCCACAUCGAGUUAAACAGCAGACUCACACCAGGUUAUUAAACAGUUAAAAUCCAAACUGAGUCUAAAAAGUUGACUUUUUGUCCCUGAUUAAUUAAUAUAAUCAAUCUGACAUUUAUUGACUUAUCUGUAAAGGUGGGGCCCCUAAAUCCGAGUCUGAAGACAUCAUUGUUUUGGUGCUGCAUAUUGCCAAAAUGGUCACCCAGCCGGAGUUGUGAUGUUGCUUCAGAACGCUGCAGAGUUGGAAGAGCUGGGUGACUUUAACCUGACCAGUAAAACCAGCUGGGAUAGUUGUUUUCAUCACCUCUGCCAUCAGUAUUAAUAACUGAUCCUUCUCCACAAGGAUUACAUGAGAGCAAACUGUUUCUAACAUCACACCCCCCCCUGAGAACGUGUUGCAGUGUGAACUCUCAGCCUUGAGGUCGUAGUUGUGCUGGUGGAACAAAAACAGCUGCGUUGAAGCUCAAGGCUGGACAGUGAUGGAACAAGUCCGUCCUACAAACAGCUGAUCUUAGUCAAGUUUCUGUGGGUAAAUUCACAUUACUGUAGACGUGUCAGACAAGCAUGCCAAACACUGGGGCUGUUCAACCUCGCUGCCUGAGUUCUGCCUCUACAGGUGGAGGAGUCUGCAUGGGUCUUAAAAUAUUCUGUCUUAAUUUAUCCCGCUGUGUAGAUGUAGUGUCUGAUCCUGUGUGUGUGUGUGUGUGUGUGUGUGUGUGUGUGUGUGUGUGUGUCAGCUGAAGUGAGACAGCGUUGUUGGACAGGUCGGGGUGGUGAUAAAAGACAGCGUUGUUUUAAGCCAAGUUUUUUAGUGUCCAGUUUUUGGUACUAUUUCAUACUGUAGUUAUACAUACGACUUUUCAACAAUACGUGGAGAUGAAGACAGACAAUAAUGGAUUAGUGACAUCUCGUGGUGUAAAGAAUAAUCCUUAGAAAGGAGUAUGUUAUUAAUAACUAGAUGUACCUGAAUAUUUAACUCUUACAAGUAAAACUAUUCAAACUAAAGGAAUUAGAGUUGCUCAUGUUGAAGUGUUGCUAACGGUGUAAAAUAAAGGGGCCUUUGUGGAGGUUUCUGCAGACUGCACCUUUGUGUAAAACAAUGUGUCUCUGCUGACCUUCAGCGUCUCUGCAGACCCUCUGUGUCUCUGCUGACCUUCAGUGUCUCUGCAGACCCUCAGCAUCUCUGCUGACCCACAGUGUCUUUGCAAACCCUUGAUGUGUCUCUGCAGACCCCCUGUGUCUUUACAGACCCUCUGUAUGUCUUUACAGACCCUUCGGUGUCUUUGCAGACCCUGUGUCUCUCUGCAGACCCUUGAUGUGUCUUUGCAGACCCUCAGUGUCUCUGUAGACCUUCAAUCUCUUUGCAGAACCUAUAUCUGUCUUUGCAGACCCUCAGUGUCUCUGUAGACCUUCAAUCUCUUUGCAGAACCUAUAUCUGUCUUUGCAGACCCUCAGAGUCUCUGCAGACCCUGUGUGUCCUUGCAGUGGGUGCCGACCCCCCCUGCAGGACUUGGUCCUGUCUCCGGUGGGCACAACUGUGGUUGAAUCAUGUCGUGUGGUCCUGCCUUGCCAAGGUGUCAAAAUGUAGCUGAGAAACAGCAGAAAAAAAGUAAAAAAAAAAAAAAAAAGUAAUAAAAAAAAGUGAUAGUACUAUUAUUGCAUGGAAGUUCUCUGGUUAUUUGACCCACUGUAAUUCUUAGGAGAGGUUGUUUGAUGAAAUGCAUCGGCCAUGUAUGUAUGUAAUGUAAGAUGACUUGUAUACUUGCUCCAACUGUUUGUCUUUUUAUUACUUUACAUGUCUAUGUGGUGGAAUUUUAAUUUUUUUGUAUACUAAAUACAAACGCAUAUGUAAGGUA